AUGACGGCCAACUUGACUAGCCCCGAAUGCGACUGGGGCAGCUCUGAGAACAAACCAGGCCCUCCACCAGGCAGGGAUGAGAAUGGCAGCAUAGGCCCUGUGGGGGUAAGGGAGAUAGCAGUUGAUCCAAACAAGCAAGUAGCAGCGAGAAUCGAAGAAGACUCGCCGAUGGGAAAGACCACGACGGAAGGGCCCGUCUCCACGGCCAGGCUCCUCGCGAUCCUGUCCUCGCUCAUACUGAGCAUCUUUCUCUUCGCCAUCGACAUGACGAUCGUCACCAACGCCAUCCCGCGCGUCACGUCCAUCUUCCACAGCCCCAGCCACCGGCAUGGUGGCGCCGGCAUCAUCACCGGCUCCUUCGCCAUCAUCGCCCUGGUGGCGCCCCCGGGGCGGGCUCCGGCGUGCAUGGCCACCUUGGGCGUGACGUUCGGCUGCGCCAGCGUCCCGGGGCCGUUGCUCGGCGGCGUGUUUACCGAGAAGGUCUCGUGGCGGGGGUGCUUCUUUAUCAACUUGCCGCUCGGCGCCGCUGCCUCCGGGGCUGUUCGCGGUGGUCUUCACGACGCCGGCUGCGGCGGCGGCGCCUCGAGAUUGGGUAUAGCUGUGAUCAUGGGGGCGUCGGCCUGUUUCUUGAUUGCCAUGCAGCUGGGAAGCGAGGCGGCCGUCUGGUCGCGGCCGGCGACGAUCGGUCUCCUUGUGGAUUUCAGCGUGCUUGCUGCCGUUUUCAUCUUGGUUGAGUGGUUCCAAAAAGAAAGAGCCAUGGUGCAGUUCUGCAUUUUCAGCCGGUGGUGCAUCCUCGGCAACGUCAUCGGCAUCUUCUUCGUCGCCGCCCUGUCGCCUGUCGCCGGCAUUUCCGCGGCCGACAGCGGGCACCGCACCAUCCCGCUCAUCCUCGGGGUGUCGGUCCUGACCAUCGUAUCCAACACGUCCAUGCCUAGGGUCCACUGGACCGUGUGGCUCAUCAGUGGCCCGCUUAUCAUGACUGGCGGCGUUGCCUGCCUGUAUACGCUCGACAUUGAGACGCCUCUCGCCAAAGUGCUUGGGUUCCAGCUGAUAACAGGUUCCGGGAUUGGCCUCGUUCUACAGGUACCAAUGGUGGCGAACCAAAAGCUUGCCUGCUCCUUUCCCGAUGUUGCCGUUGUUACCGGCGCCAUUCUUUUCUUCGAGGCGACCGGAGCCCUGCUCUUCGCGGGGGCAGUUGAAGCAACCUUCGUUAACGGUCUGGUACGAUGCCUGGAAGUAGAGGCACCAUGGAUUCCUGCGCAUGAAGUCAUCGAGGCUGGAGCGACCGGAUUCCGACACCAGUUCGGAUCAGAUUCGGCAACCAUCUUGACAAAACCAUGA